UGAAAAACGGCUCAGUAUAUGAUUAUCAUUAUUAUCCAGUAUGGUCCAGUUGAUAUAAAGUGCAGCCGGCUUAUAAUGGUGUGAAUACAUUAGCAUAAGCCUCCACCGCCUUUGAUUGUUCUCUAGCUGUUAGCCAUCAUGGCUCCAUUCUUGCUUUGUGUCCUCUUAGCUAGGCUAGCUACUUCAGGGAGCUGGCAUGCCACAAAGCUCAUUUCAGGAGACGACUAUUAAAAUGGCUGAUUACACUGCUAACAAUGCCUAGCGCGCUGUCUCAACACACCCCCGGUUUUUGUAGCCAUCUGACCUAACUCUUAGCCUCAAAGGCCUGUCUGGAUAACGCCAACUACUGGAUUUAAAGUUUCAGUGAAAGUGACGGGGAAAGAUGCUCCGUCUGCAUCAACGCAUCCGUGCUGCCUCAGCACCUGUCAUCGGUGUUAACCUACGUUCACCUUCUAGCUAGCGUUAGCUCUUAUGAUAGCACCACGGCUAACCUAGAGCUAACAUGGCAGGCUCGGCGCUGUUAGAUGGUAACGCAUUAGCUGACGUUACGUUAACCCAGUCGUGGGAUGCCACUGGGGAAAAGGUUUCGCUCUUCCUCGACUCCAGGAAGACUGGAAACUCAACAUGUGACCAGCAUCCUCUCUGAACUGGGGGUCACAGGGGACAGGAUGAGAUACACUUCAGGGCCAGGAUGUCGGGGUGAGAAAGUCGCAGUUGACUUCUCAGCACUAAGACAAGAGAAUACCAGUGAGGCCAGAGAGGAGCAGCCAGACUGGCUGGUGCGAGAGCUACUAAAACAGAACAAGCGAAGACACAGUGUCACACUUGGAGAUAAGGCUCACAUCAUGAGCCGACAGCACCGCAGUACUGAUUUGACUCACAUACUCUACAGCCUCAAGCCUAAUGAGAUGAUGUCACUCGACAGCCUCCAGAAACUGAAAGUAGCAUUUGAGGACUUUGAAAGGGGUGGCCUGAGGUGCAUUGAUGUGAAGAAUUUUGGACAUAUAGUGAAGAAGUGCUUGGGUUUGCCCAAUACAAGCAAUGCACAGAUUCAAGGGUUAUUUAAGAAGAUUGAUUAUUCAGGCCAAGGAAGGAUUUCAUGGGGUCAGUUCUGUACCCACAUGCUGCAGGAGUACAAAGAGUUGGAGGAAGCUGCAAGACGCAGUAAGCGAGUGGCUUUAACUCUGCCAGCCUCCAUGAGGGCUUUGGGUCAUGGCAUUCCCAUCAUCAACAUCCACUCCACCCAUGAUGACACCAUCGUAACAGUGCGAGAGGAUGGAUCUGUUUGCUUUUGGGGCCCUGAACCUAAACCCCAGAAAACCAAAUGCAUGUUUACUGAAGGACCUGUAAACAGGAAUUCAAAGUGGGCAAGUGAUUUCGCUCUGAUGACAGAGUACAAUAAGCUGAUGAUUGGAACAGGGGACAGAGAGAUCCAACUUUAUGACCUUUCCACGCUGGAGCCUUAUUGCCAGAUCAGUUCACUAGACACAGUGCCUUUGACAUUAGACUACAGCUACACUGGUCCUGAUAAAUGUUGUAUUGUUUAUGGAGACACAGAGGGAUGUGUGACUAUCAUUUUAAUAUCCUUUGUUGGAGAUACCCUCAGAUUGUGGAAUAAAUUACCAAGGAUGAGAAACAUGCCCAACAUAGCGAUUGAAAAUGCAGUGCUCUCUCCAAAUGUGACAUUUGUCAGAUGGAAGGUUCAUCAUGACUGGGUGACACAGGCAAAAUAUUUUCAGAGUUUCCAAGUUGUUGUGUCCUCAUCUAACGAAGAAUCGUCUGCUCUCGUUGUGGGCCGUGCGCUGCCUUUAACAGAUGCUGAGCAGCAGCUGAGAGAGAUCAGUGAGGCCUGCUAUGAAGGUAAGACCAAGAGGAUCCCACCUAGCUGGAUUCCACAAGUGCGAGCAUCAUGUGACCAGAAAGUUUUCACCAUCUACAAAGGUGUUAAGACCUUUGACCUUUGUCAGAAACACAGCUUGUUGGUCACUGGAGGCAUGGACAGACUCAUACGUAUGUGGAACCCACAUUUUUCUGGGAAACCAACUGGUAUCUUAAAAGGCCACUCUGCUCCUAUUGUCUACCUCUGCAUCUCCUCAGAGGACAGUCAAAUCUUCUCUGUCUCCACAGACAACACUGUGAAAAUCUGGGAUAUUGAGGGCCAGUGUUGCCUGUUUACAGCAGACCCCAAAGCGAGCAGGAUUCAUGGUGAUAUCUCUGCAUGCAUGUAUUUUCCUGCUAUGAAAUCCCUUUUCAUUGCAGCAGACUGUAUGGCUGUACUCUCCCUGAAGAUAAGGCCAAAGCUUCAUAACCGCCUGACUGUUUCACACCAUGAGCCUAUAACGUGCUGCGGCUACAGUGUGGAGUUCCGUCAAGUUGUCAGCUGCACUGAGGGAUCUGUGGUUAAAGUCUGGGAUUUUGACACUGGGCGUCAGGUUUUCGAGUUUGGUGGCACACAUGAUCUGUCUCCAAUCACAUGCAUGACGUUUGACCACAAUGGAAGAAGACUUAUCACAGGUGGAAGAGAUGGUUGUUUAAAGAUCUGGAACUACAACAACGGUCAGUGCCUUAAGACACUAAAGAAGGACAGUGACUGUCAUGAGUUAUGUGACUGCAUCUUUCUGCAAGUUCACAGGAACUGGUAUGUGAUGUCUGUUGGACGGAGCCGGAAGAUUGACAUUUAUGCAGACAUACCUGAGGACCUUCGUCAUGUCCAGAAGCCACAGCCUUCAUACCAGGAUGAUCUGAAAAAUGGCCAUAAGGACGACAUCCUUUGUGUGGCGCAUUGUCCCCCAUCUCUCCUGGCCACCAGCAGUUAUGAUGGAGAGAUUAUAUUGUGGAACAUGGUUUCUGGGUGUAUACUGUCUCGGUUUGUCAGCCCUCCUCCAGCUGAAUGCCAGAAUGUUGAAGGACUUGACACAACUGUUCCAUGCAUAAUUUUUAUGAAACACCCCAAGUUACAGCAGUUUUCUUCAGCUACUGCUCUCCUGUCAUCUGGGGCCAGGGGUUGUAUAAAUCUCUGGGAUGUGCUCAGUGGAGGAAGGUUUGUGAGCAGCUUCAAAGCUUCUAGAUUCCAGCAAAAGGUUACAAAACUGGCUAAAACAGACAACGACACGUUACUAUACAUUGCUGACCAAAUUGGUUACAUCUGUGUUUACAACAUGGAGAAGAUUACACCUGAGCAAAAAUCACCAAGAGCCGAAAACUUCUGGCGGGCCCACACCAGGAAAGUUACUGGUCUGCAGAUUGUUGACAAUGAUCAAGUGCUGCUUACUUCAUCCGUUGACUGCACUGUGCGCCUUUGGAGUGCACAUGGGGAAUUCAUAGGGACCUUUGGACAGCCUGAGAUCUGGAGUGUCCACAUCUCCUCCUCCUGGAUGCAUCCAGCUGUUCCCUAUGAAGUUUUAAUUGAUCCACUGAGUAUGCCAAAUCAUAAACUUCUGAAAGUAAAAACACAGCUUUCUGAUGCCGUCAGUCUUGACAAGAAUAGAGAGGGACUGCAGUCGGAGAUGCACAGUAAGCCGAGACUUCUUCCAACAUCCAUCAGUGACACAGACAUUGAAGAAGAUUAAAACGUGUUUUACCCAGAGGGACGCAACACUGGGACUGUCUUGAAAUGACCAGGCACAAGCUACUGAAGCUCUGCACUCUGAAAGGCUUUGAUACUGUGGAGCCAUCAAACAUCAGUGCAAGACCUGACCUCUCCCUCAUGGUAUUGAUCCUCCUCACUAUAUUGAUUGCAUUUGGGUAACUGGGUCACUGCAGCAUGAAGUACAUAAAAAAGAGAAUUGGGGGCUCAUGUAAUUAUACACAACUGGCUUUCUCAACAAUGGACCAUGUAAAGUGAAACAAUGAAUGAAUGAAAGUGUGAAAACGUAUGAUUGUAACAUGAAGAUGCUUUGAACUGUUGUGAAUUAAUAAAGAAGACUAAGAAGUCUGGAAACCUUUUUAACAGAAAACAAACUAUUUUAAAACAAAUUUCAGGAUGUUCUCAUUUGUUUGUUGAAAUGUAAAAUUUAAAAAAAUUGUUGAGAAGGGUUGCUACCAUUAGACUAGAGCAGCAGUGAUUACCUUGACAUUCAUGACUUCCAGCUGUAAAGCAUGUAUUUUAUUUCAGUACUCCUGAAGUUUAAUUGAACUAAUUUAGUGAGUGAGUUUAUGAAAAACACACACAUUUAUAAGCAACACUAAUUACUUGCCCUCAACCUGACUGAAAAUAUGAUGGAAUUAGAUGAAAAUCAAAAAUAAAACUUAUCACUUUGUUUUAGUGGCGAAUAGAGGCUUUUAGGUAUGAGUAGGGGGCACGUGAGAUAUACUGCAGUCUGUCGUGUGUGCACAAGCUGAUUAAAAUAUCACAUGAACUAACAAAAUGAGCCAGUGAGGUAUAUUGGAUUGUAAAGUGUCUGUGCAUAUGAUUGUAUUUUGCACAUUCCAUCAAGUAAACAGUCACCAUGGUAUUUAAAAUUUGUUGGGCCAUUGUUCAUAAACUACAGAUCCAUGGACACCUUGAAAACCUGAAACUUGUCAUCUUUUGUGCAGGCAAACACUCCCAGUGUAGUACCGCCCACCCUCCCCCCACAUGGUAAGAGGUCAUGCAGUUUAAUGUUAAUAAACAAUAAUUCCAGGACUGACCCAGGGGAGAUUAUAUACACCAUAUUUUUUAAUUACAGAGACUAUUAGUACUUGGCCCUGCCCUGUAACCUUAUUAUGCACAGCUCUGGGAGCUCUGAACUAUUCAAAAGUCCUCAGUGAGUAUAAGCACCUUUUGAGAGAAAGAAAGCAUGGUAAUUUUCAAAAUGGAAGACUAAAUAUUCUAGGUGUGAAACAUCUUAAUUAUAGGUCAUAGCUAUGCACAGAUCCAUUUACUUCAGUUACACCCAGGCUGGAGAGCAAUGUGAUGUUCAAGUGAAAACCAUCCUACGCUGGUACAUGAAAGAACUGUGCUGUGUGUUUUUGUACAAUGUUAUAAAGAUUUUCAAUAUUUAAGGAUGUGUUCAACUCUCCAAAAACUGUCCUUUUUCAUUUACUGUCACUGGAAAAAAAAUUCAGGGUGACAUUAUUGGUUUUCUCCUUUCUGGCUGUGGGAGACAUGCAUCUGAAUGAAAAACUGCCCUCAAAGGAUGUUGGGAUCUCUGUUUCUGCAAUAGAUAGAUAGAUGGAUAUUUGUUUAAAUUUAA